UACAAACACCUCUGCUGGUGCUGCUAAAACACAAUAACAGAGCUGCUCUUCAAGAAAUUGUUUUAAGAAAUACUAAAGAAUUAAGAUGGCCAACCAAUCUACAGUGACAGAAUUUCUUCUGGUGGGGUUUUCCAGUAAUCGAGAAGAACAAUUGUUUUACUUUGUGAUAUUUCUCUCCAUUUAUUUAACAGCCUUAGUGGGGAAUUUCCUAAUCACCAUUGCUGUUGCCCUGAACCACAAACUCCACACUCCAAUGUACUUCUUUCUGGUCAACCUAUCAUUAUCAGACAUUUGCUACAUCUCAGCCACUAUCCCCAAAUCCAUAGCUGCUUCUUUGUCAGAUGACAAAAGGAUUUCUUUUGCUGGCUGUGUUGCACAGGUUUUCUUAGUUUUCACUUUUGCAGGUUCUGAGCUUGCCUUGCUCACUAUCAUGGCUUAUGAUCGCUAUGCUGCAAUCUGCCAUCCUCUACAGUAUGAGCUAAUCAUGAACUGGGAUGCCUGUAUCCAAAUGGCAGCUGCUUCCUGGAUAAGCAGCGCAAUCCAUUCAUCAUUACAUACCAUUAUCACUUUCAGGCUACAUUUCUGUAGGUCCAAUAUUAUUGGGCAGUAUUUCUGUGAUGUCCCUCAGUUGCUUAAGAUUUCUUGUACUGACACAAAGGUUAACCAAAUUUUGAUCAUUGCCAUUGGGUUUAUUGUAGAUUCAUUUUGUGGAGGGUUCAUCUUUCUUUCCUAUGGCUACAUAUUCUCUGCUGUGCUGAGAAUCCCUUCUGUUCAAGGCAGAUAUAAAGCUUUCUCUACCUGCAUCCCCCACCUGACUGUCUUUUCUUUAUUUAUGAGCACAGCUGUGUUUUCAUACAUGAGACCUAAAGCACUUUCUUCUACAACAAUGGAUUUGCUCUCUGCUUUAUUGUAUAAUGUUUUGCCACCACUAAUGAAUCCCGUUAUUUAUAGCUUUAGGAACAAAGACAUCCAAGAGGCCGUGUGGAAAAUACCGAAAAGAAUUAGAAGUCUCCUGGCAUGA